GGCAAACUCUUAAGCUCAUACUAACUCAAAAAAAAAAAAUUCAUAAGAAAACAAAGGUUAAAUUCGGUAAAUGCUGCACGCAUGCGUUCGCCGGCAAAUCAAACCAAAAUGAAAUAUUUUUUUCUUGGCCGACUCAAAAAUCAGUUUAGACAUCAGCCUAAUUAGUAAUCUCAUAUAAAGUGACUAACAUCCUCUUAACAAUUGAACUAGGGCUGGGAACUUUGAUCAAACCAAACUCGCCGAACCAAAAAGUUUGGUUUUCUCUUAGUUCGGUAAAAAAAAGUUAUUCUUUUGUUUUGUUUGGUUCGGUAAUCGGUAAGUUCAGUUUUCUAAAAAAAAACUAAAAAGUACCAAUUUUAAUCAAAAUUCCGAACUGAACCAAUCGAACUAACCGAAAUCCGAAUCGAAAUAAUCGAACGAACCUAACCAAACUAACCAAAAUACAAACCGAAAUAACAACUAACAGAAAUUAACUAAUUUUUGAUUUUUUUUUAAUUUAAACCGAAAAUUUAACCGAAUUAACCGCAAAACAAAAACUUUGGUAAAAUAUUUUAGGACCAAAUUAACCGAACCAAACAUAACCGAACUUUUUCGGUUACUUUGGUGAAAUUUUGACCGACCUAAACUAACAUAAUUCUGAACUAACUGAGUUCCGAAAUAACCGACCCGUACUAUCCGAAUAAAGCGGACCGGCAUGCCUAGAUUGAACAUUGAUGAGAACUCUGUUUUUUUGUAAUUCCUUAAUCUUUUUUUUUAAUAUACAUGGAUAUUCUGGUCUUCACAUAAGUGAAUCCAAAUUAGCCUCGUGUUAGCAGCCUACGUUUUCAGCCUAGUGUCAGAUCCCCUUAGUCACUUAAUUAAAAAAAAAAUCUUAGUUAUGUGGAGAUACAUAGAUACGAGUUGUCGAUUAUAGCUUGUUUAAACAUAUAUAUUUCACUCCAAAGCAACAGCAGCAGCAACAUAAAUCCCUCCCUUUUCAACACUGUUCGUUGAUAUACACCACCACAGGUUCUUCGAUUUCUCUCGUCCAACUCUUUCCUUCUCUUUUUUUUUCGAUUUUGAUUUCUGAUAAACGUCGUUUGAUUGAUUUCUUCAUUGCGAUCCAUAAAGUUUCGAUUUUUCUUUGUGGGUUCUAGUGGUUCCUUGGGUUUGAACCCUAAUUGUACCUUGCUUCGUAAACGUAAUAUCUUGUUACACAAGUUUCAACAGCCUAACACAGCUCCUUCUCGCAUUAUACAAAGUCAAACGUUUUUUCUUUUUAAUUGUUUGCUCGACCGUCUUAGAUUACAGAAGUUUCGUCGACUUGUGCGAAACAUGGAUUCAAAAGGAGACGAUGGAAGUAGAGAGAUGCUCUUGAAGCUUCAAGAGAAGAUUGAGAAAGCCACUUCUGAGCUCAAAGCGUCAGGAUCAUCAUCUGUUUCCACUUCAUCUCAUCAUCUUCAAAAGCUCUCUAAAGAGGUCCAGCAUCUUCUCGAGAAGACUGCGAACGCUCAGGAUCCGAGUAAACCGCAGAUUCGCGAUGGGCUUGACAAGGUGUUUGAUGCUGAGGAAGUUGGACACUCGUGCGAUUUAUGCGACAGAGAUCUAGCCUCUGAUCCAGAACGACCUAAUGCUUCUUUGCGCAGCUUACAAGAAGCGUGCGUGCUGGCUUGUGGUCAUGUCUACCACUUCAAAUGUUUGAGAGGCACCACUCUUGAUCUUGAUAACCCUUCCUGCAUUUUCUGCAACAGCUAACUAACAUGACAUCCUAGCCUUUGUGGACCAACUUUAGAUACUUCAUGAGAGAUUUAAAGAUUUUGUUUUCACAAUGCCAAUGGAGUUACAUACAAAUCUAUCAGUUUCUUUUUACAUCCUUUUAAGUUCCUCUUAGAAGGUUUACGUAAACAUACAAAUGGGUCUGUAUGGGAAACUAGAACCACUCCCAGGCAUUG